AUGAAAAACAUAGCGUAUUUCGUCUGUUGCGAAAGUUUGAAUUUCGGUUAUCGAGAAAUGUCAGAAGAAAACGAAAGUGAGUGUGAAGAAUACCUAAAUAUUGUCAAGUUGUCUUUGGAAGAAGAUAAAAGUCAUGUUCAUGUUCUUGUAAUUAUUGGGGCUUCUGGUGAUUUAGCAAAGAAAAAGACUUAUCCGACUUUAUGGUGGUUGUUCCGUGAUGGUCUGCUGCCCCCUAGAACUUACUUUGUCGGGUUCGCACGAUCUGAUAUUGGUACUAAUGACAUUAGAAGGGCAAGUGAAAAACACGCCAAGCUUUCAUGUGCUCCAUGUCAGAAAUAUGAAGAAUUUUGGGAACGUAAUUUUUACGUGAGAGGAGAUUACACAGAUUCAAAAACGUUUGAAUCAUUAAAUACGUUUAUAGAAUCUAAGUGGGGAAAAGCUAUUAAUCUCAUAUUUUAUUACGCUAUACCACCAUCCGUUUAUGAACCUGUUUCAUCAUCUAUCAAAGAAUAUUGUACUUCUAAAACCCCUGAUACAUGGACUCGAUUAAUUAUUGAAAAACCUUUUGGACGAGAUUUGAAAUCAUUCAAUGAAUUGAAUUCUGUACUGACUAACCUUUUUACAGAGGAACAGAUUUAUCGAAUCGAUCAUUAUUUAGGCAAAGAGAUGGUUCAAAAUCUAUUGAUUUUACGAUUCUGUAACCAGGUCUUUAGUCCACUAUGGAAUCGUGAAAACAUUGACAAUAUUACAAUAUCAUUUAAAGAACCAUUUGGAACUGAAGGACGUGGUGGAUAUUUUGAUCAAUUUGGAAUUAUUCGUGAUGUUGUCCAAAAUCAUCUCAUUCAAAUCCUUUCAUUGGUAGCAAUGGAAAAACCUAUUUCAGUUCAUGCAGAUGAUAUACGUGAUGAAAAGGUUCGUGUACUUCGAAGCAUUGAACCGCUAACAAUUGAUGAUAUUGUUAUUGGACAGUAUAUUGCUGAUCCGAAUGCAACAAGUCCACCUGCUUCGUUAUCUUACACGGAUGAUCCAUCAGUUCCUAAAGAUUCCAUAACACCUACUUAUGUAUGUGCUGUGUUAUACGUGAAAAAUGAUCGUUGGAAAGGUGUUCCAUUUAUUCUUCGAGCAGGAAAAGCACUAAAUGAACGCAAAGCAGAAGUUAGAGUUCAAUUUAAGGAACCUCAUAUUCAUCUUUUCGGUUCAAAAGAAGGUCUACCGCGCAAUGAAUUAGUUAUACGUGUACAACCUAAUGAAGCAGUUUAUAUGAAAUUGAAUGUGAAAUCUCCUGGUAUAAAAUUUCAAACAGAGGAAACUGAAUUAGACUUAACUUAUGCUCAGCGAUAUAAAAAUAUUAAACUCCCUGAUGCAUAUGAACGGUUAAUUCUUGAUGUGUUUUGCGGAGUUCAAACAAAUUUUGUACGUUCUGACGAACUGCGUGAAGCUUGGCGUAUUUUAACACCGGUUUUAAACUACUUGGAAGAAAAUAAAGUCAAACCCUAUCCAUACAUUUACGGGAGUCGUAAUGGCCCGGCAGAAGCAGAUACUUUGUGUAAGAAAGCAGGUUUUCAAUAUUCUGGUACAUAUGUUUGGAAAUCAGGUUGAUAAAUUCAUUCCGUCAUUUUUCGAUAAUUUGUCCAAUCAUACAGAAGAUCCACAUUUUCUAACUUACUUAAAUGUUUUUUAGUAACUAUGCACAAAACAUUUGACUUAUUUGUUUCGUUGUAGCCAAUUUACUUUAAGAGUUCUUUGUAAUAAUUUCUUUUAUAAUAAUAUUAUCACAACGAGCUGUGUUUAAAAAAUAUGUAUAACUCGGACCCAAUAAUACUUAGUAUUGUU